UGAAUGUGAUCUAUAGAGUGUUUAUUAUGAUCAGACGUGGUGAAGCAGUGGGUCAGUGUGUGUUCAGCUCUAAUACAGUCUUUGGAUUAAUGUGUGGGUUCUGGUCCUCAGUAAGAAUGAGGGUGUGUUUUCUUCUCCUCCUCAUACAGCUUCAUAUCACUGAAGGCUGCAGGCUGGAAGGAAAUAGAAAGACAAAAGAGAUCACUGCAUACACAGGAGACUCAGUACUGCUGCCCUGCUCCUGCACUGACCUCCACACCAAACCUCAGAACUUCACAUGGAAGAAAUACAUUAAUGGGUGGGUACAGAUAUCUCCUGAGAGUGAACAGUACAAAGACAGAUUUCAGCUGGUUAAUGAUCACAGUUCAGGAAAUCUCUCUCUGCUCAUAUCACACCUGACUGUAGAGGAUGGACGAGAUUACAGGUGUAACACAGAGAGUGAACACAGAGACAUCAGACUCACUGUUGAAGGUUGCACACUGAAUCAUGAGACAGUGGAUGUGACUGGAUAUGUGGGACAUUCUGUUCUUCUGCCCUGCUCCUGCUCUCAACUACAAGCCAAACCACAAACUCUCACAUGGACCAUUUAUAAAGGAGGGAAUCACAAAGAAAUCUUUCCAAAGGACCAGACAAAUCACUACACACACAGAGUUCAGCUCUUUAAUGAUCAUCCUCCAGGAAAUCUCUCUCUACUCAUAUCACACCUGACUGUAGAGGAUGGAGGAUUUUACAGGUGUGACAUCAUCAACAGCGUAAAGGACAUCAAACUCACAGUAAGAGAGGCUCCAAAAAGACCUUCACCAUCCACCACAAUAAUCCAGACCACUGCUGAACCAGCGGCAAAACCAGGCCUGGUGACCAAAGUCUACAUUAAUCCACAGUCUGAAAAAGAGUCUCUUCCCUACUUCCCCUUCGCUGUGGUGACUGUGAUCUGUCUGCACAUCAUUGUGGCUGUGGUUUACUGUUCCACCAAAAAGAAAGGUCCUAAUACAGUUCAAUACAGCAGAGGUGAUGGAGAUGGAACAUUGAGUCUACAGUAGAGAAGAUCAACAGAAGACAUGAACAGCAUCAGCUGAUUACCAGACCAGAGAGCAACUUGGUCCACAAGAUGAAAGCUUUGCUGAUCUGUUGUUUUUAGCAUAUUGUAGAUAUCCUUCUCUUUUUUCUUUAUGUAGUUAAAAGGACAAAAUGUGAUGUCAUCACUCUGAGGUAAAAUAUCUUUAUAUCAGUGACGUCUGCUCAGUGGGAUAUUAUUAAGUCUAGUGUGUGAUUAAAACAAUGAGUCGUUCUAGUGAUGUUUGGUUUAACCCCAACAGAGUUUAAUAAGAUGAUCAAGAGGUCUGAAAGAAAAUGAGCAAACUCUUAAUGAAAAUCAGCGUAGGGGCCUGGGGGUCUGUACACAGUGGCCAGAGCGAGAGAUAGUAGGGGUAUUCUAUGUAAGUCUGAAAGUACAAUUUAAAAACGAGCACUUCAAAUGAUUUAAACUUAAAUCCUAAUAUCUGACAAACAUUAAGAAGGGCACUAUAAAUGGUUGUUACACAACCCCAUGACCACAGAGUAUUAUUAGAUGUCUGUUUUUGGUGUUCCUGGAUAAAAUACUAUUCAUCUAAAAGACUUGUUUGAUUUCUCGAUUCACAACUUGCAGAACGAUUGCAGCUGGAGGGAACAUGAGAAAUUAAUUGCCUUUUAUAGUUAAACGUCAAUUUAACAAGCAGAGAGCAAAUGAUGAGUAAUAAAGGUUUUAAAAACUUCUUCAGAACAGUUGGAGGAUCUCUUCCUCUCAGCUUAGACAGGUGGAUAUUAGAGCUUUAAUAAAGGUUUGGUCCUGGGAUGAAUUUGAUCAGAUAUUCAGUGUGUAGUACAGAGUCAGCACUUGAUGAAUAUAAAACUUGAUUUAGAACUCAGGAAGUCUGUCACCCUCUCAGAUUUUACCUGAACAGUUCUAUUAAGAUGUAAAUGCACUAAUUUUGGAAUAAUCCAGAAAAAGUCUCAUAACAUUUGAAUUCUAAUAGUUUAACACCGAAAUGUUUAAAAUUCAAUUGACUCAUGUUUGGUUACAUGUGUGGGAAUUGUGUGAACAGUCUUUUUUACCAGCAGAGGGCAGAAGAGGUCACUGGGUUUGCUGUAUUUUAUAAAUUUUUUUUGUGGUUAAAUGUAAAAAAAUAUUGCUAUGUAUAUUACAUUUUUUACAUGAAUAAGUAUGUGUAAAUGA